AUGAAACGCAUAUUUCUUUUUUUAUCAACCUUUUUCGCCAUUGCUGCCUGCGCCAUUAUCGGCGUGACCAUUUUCUUCUGGAUGAAAGCAGAACAAAGUGGAAUAGAAGGAACCACUGAUGAUGGCGAGAUUUGGAUGGAUGAUCUUUUUGGAAUUUUUGAUAUCUUCGAACGAACGAAUGGAAAUAAAUGGACAAGGGUGGAAAUUUUCAUCAAGAAUUCAACAAGAAUUGCAUAUGUUUCAAAUAAGACGAUGACUAAAGAGGAUGCUAGAGAACAAUGCGAUUUGCUCUCAAAAAGAAUGAAGAAAAAACUGACCUUUCCGAGGAAUAUAUUCAAAAUUUUAACACCCAAUAUUACUUGGAAGGACAUUAUUUCGCAUCCUUAUCCUGAGGGCCCAACCCCUUACUUAGGAGAUUCAGGUGCUCGCUCAACAGCACAGGGGUCAGGUAUGAAGACUUCUGAUCAGGAUGAUGACCAACCGCCGACAUUUUUUCUCGACGCUUCUUUUGAUCAAAAUGGAGUGAAUGGCAGUGCUGCGAUUCUUAGCUUUCUUGAGGCUGAGAGGAAGAAGGUCUUUGACGACGAUCGUCAGUACGUUCUGAUGAAGGUCGGGCAACAUACCUUGGCUUAUUUAUUAGAUAGCUGCCUUUAUCUUCCCGAUCUUUCUUCCACCGUAAAACCUCAAACAGUGCUCGCGGAUCCAAUUGGCAAAACAUACAGUUAUAUUUGUGCAAACGACUCGAUUUUCGGCGACCCAGAAGUCGCGAAAAUACAAUGGGUGGAGAGACAAGAAGAUAUUCGGUGUGAAAUAUUGAAUGUUUCAAAGGGUUACGUUGAGGAUUAUAUCAUUAUGAACGACGUUGAGUUUGAAUGGGGAUUUAGACCUGAUCUAAAAGGAAACUUUCCAGAAAAUCUAAAAGAAAUUUGGUUUGAACAAUAUGGCAAAUACCCUAGAGUAGAGUUUUUGCCAGGCUGGACGAUCAAAAGCUACAGGGAAUCGUUGGAAACUGAAGAAGAGCCCAUUAAGCUUUGCAACUCAGAAAAACAUGGACUUGCUUGGAAAAUUCACACAGAAGCAGCCAUAAAUGAGGAGCUCGAAAUCGGAGUUCAUGGGGAACUGGUUUCGUUGAACGAAAAUGGUUUUAUGUAA